AUGGGAAGUGGACAUAACUGUCGCCAGUCAACCCCGAGAUCCUGCUCGGAAGUCCGCAAACACCACAGCAGUAGCGGAAGCUAUAGGAUUGAUCCAGAUGGCGAGGGAGGGCUGGCACCAUUUACUGUGUACUGUGAUAUGAAUGACAAAAAGGGUGUUGGCCAGACAGUCAUCGGUCACGAUAUUGAGAGCAGGAAGUUGGUGAGAGGAUACAACAGCCGCGGUGGUUACUCACGUGAUAUUCAUUACACAGGAGCGAGUCUGUCUCAGUUAGCGAGUCUCACCAGAGUCCCCUCACACUGUGAGCAGUUUAUCAAGCACGAGUGUUAUAAUUCGGUGCUGCUUUUUAAUAACAACUUUGACGGAUGGUGGGUGUCACAUGAUUCUACUAAGAUGAGGUACUGGGGUGGAGCAUUUGGAAAAUGGUAA